UCAUCCCCCCCUUCCAAUCAAUGCUUCACCCAACCCACCACCCAUCAUCUCUCUCUCUCUCUCUCUCUCUCUCUUAUCUUCGUCUCCUUCCUCUUCUUCGCCGUUCGAGGUAGCCCGGAGGGGGGGAAAAAGAAGCGAUUUUGGCUCCCCUGUUUCGUAAUCUAUCGGUUUGCAUGCGAGUGUGUGCGUGUGCGGGUGGGGAAACCGGAGGAAAGUUCCGUGUUUUUGGCCGGUUUCGAAUCGUGGGUGGUUCUUGGGUUUCCGCGUGCGCGUGUCAAGGUCGGAACGGAAAUGGAGUGCGUGGAGGCCGCUCUGAAGACGAGCUUCAGGAGGGAAAUGGCCGCGAGGCCGCUCGUUUCGGAGGAGUUCGUCUGGCCCGCGGCCAGUAAUUCGCAGAACGCCUCGUCGGCCGACGACUUCCUCGUGGACUACCUCCUCGACUUCUCGAACGACGAAGGCUUAGUCCAAGCACAAGAGCCAGAAGGAGAAGAGCGAAACCCAAAACCAGAAGAGGAAGAAGGAGGAGAAGGAGAAGGAGAGGCAGCGAAAUUGGUUUCCUCUGUUUCUUGCUCAGCUGAAGAGAGGCUUUCGGCCAAAAAGGAGGAUUUUGGGCCUUUGCCCGCCAGUGAACUCAGCGUUCCGGAUGAUGAUUUGGCAGAGCUCGAAUGGUUGUCCCAUUUCGUGGACGAUUCCUUCUCCGAAUUCUCCUCUCCGUUCACCGCCGUGUUCCCGCCGGAGAAGCCUCGGAAUCCGCAGAAUCACCAGAACCGGUCCGGACCGGAAGCUCCGGCGGCGGGGAAGCCUCAUUUCGCGACGCCCGCUCAGGCCAAAUCCAGGAGGAGCAAGCGCGCGAGGACCGGCGGCCGGGUCUGGUCCCUCAGGUCGCCGUCCCUGACCGACGCUUCCUCGAGCAGCUGCUCGUCGUCGUCGAGCUCCAAUUCGCCGGCGAGUAACUGGCUCGCUUGCACGACCCCCCGCCCGGUCCGGAGCCUGGAACCGCUCGAGAAUGUAACCUACUCGGAGCCGAAACCGCCGCCGGCGAAGAAGCAGAAGAGGCCGGCCCAGCAGGCGUUGGGCCCCCCCGCCCCCCAGCCGCCGACUCGGCGGUGCAGCCACUGCGGCGUGCAGAGGACCCCGCAGUGGAGGGCCGGCCCGCACGGCGCGAAGACCCUCUGCAACGCCUGCGGGGUCCGGUUCAAGUCGGGCCGGCUGUUCCCCGAGUACCGGCCCGCGUGUAGCCCGACCUUCUCGAGCGAGAUGCACUCGAACCACCACCGGAAAGUGCUGGAGAUGCGGCGGAAGAAGGAGGUGCCGGGUCAACCCGGGUCCGCUCAGGCUGUCCCCAGCUUUUGAAAUUUCCCCUUGCUACCGCUCGAGUCAACAAUGGCUGAGAAGAAUGGACCGGUCCGGUCCGGUCCGGUCCGCUAGGUCCCCCGCCGGAGAGAGUUAGGUCCCUUAGAAUUUACUAGAUUACAUUAAUUUCCGUGGACGAAUGCGUUAGAUUAGGUCUUAGGCCAUGAAGGGAGAGUGACUCAUUAGUGUACCUUUUUUCUUUCACAAAAUUUCAGAUUAACAACUUUUUAAUUCGAUUUGCCCUUUUUCCGCCCAA